AUGGCGGCCCGGGCGGUGCUGGACGAGUUCACCGCGCCCGCGGAGAAGGCGGCGCUGCUGGAGCGGAGCCGCGGCCGCAUCGAGGGCCUGUUCGGCGUGAGCCUGGCGGUGCUCGGCGCGCUCGGGGCCGAGGAGCCGCUGCCCGCGCGCAUCUGGCUGCAGCUCCGCGGGGCGCAGGAGGCGGUGCACAGCGCCAAGGAAUAUAUUAAAGGAAUCUGUGAACCUGAACUAGAAGAAAGAGAAUGUUACCCCAAGGCCAUGCACUGCAUUUUUGUUGGGGCCCAGAGCCUGUUUCUAAAGAGCUUGAUUCAGGACACCUGUGCCGAUCUCUGCAUUCUGGACAUUGGUCUUCUUGGCAUCAGAGGAAGUGCCGAAGCUGUGGUCAUGGCCCGUAGUCAUAUUCAGCAGUUUGUGAAGCUCUUUGAGAAUAAUGAGAACCUACCUAACAGUCAGAAAGAAUCCGAGGUGAAAAGGGAAUUUAAACAAUUUGUUGAAGCUCGUGCAGACAACUAUACAAUGGACUUGUUGAUUUUGCCCACUUCCUUGAAAAAAGAGCUUUUGACACUCACACAAGGUGAGGAGAAUUUAUUUGAAACGGGAGAUGAUGAUGUUAUUGAAGUUAGAGAUUCUAAACAAACAGAGUUUGCACAGAAUGCUGCCACAGGACUGAAUAUUUUCAGAGAUGAAAUUGUUUUGCAGGAAGAUGCAAGAAAUAAAGCUGGCACUCCUGUUUCUGAGCUUACAAAACAAAUGGACACGAUCUUUUCUAGUUCACAAGAUGUACUUUUUGUUCCAAUAAAUGGUCUAACCCCAGGUGAAGAGGCACUUUCCAAAGACAGAAUUUGUCACAAAAGGAGAUUUUCUGAUUCUGAAGAAAGGCUUACCAAGAAACAGUUUUCUUUGGAAAAUGUUCAAGAGGGAGAGGUUUUACACGAUGGUAAGACGUUAAGUGGAGGUGUAAUCAUUGACCUAUCUGAUUCUUCUGCUGAUCCUGAAAAUUUAAGUCCAGAUGUAAAGGACACUACUGAGGAAAUGGAAUACAACAUCCUCGUAAACUUUUUUAAAACCAUGGGCUAUUCCCAAGAAAUUGUUGAAAAGGUCAUUAGGGAGUAUGGGCCAUCUACUGAACCAUUAUUGCUCUUGGAAGAAAUUGAAAAAGAAAAUAAAAGAUUCCAAGAAGACAGAGAAUUUUCACCUGGUACUAUGUAUCCAGAAACCAACAGAACCAAAAACAAAGGUGUUUGUAGCAGCAUAAAUGAGCUUAAAACAGAUUCCACUCCAAAGAAAACACAAACUCAGACACAGCAAAAUAUGGUAGAAAAGUUUUCUCAGUUACCAUUCAAAGAAUCAAAACCAUGUACCUCAAAUUGCAAAAUUAAUACUUUCAGAACAGUGCCAAUAGAACAGAAACAAGAAAUCUGGAGUUCAAACCAGAAUUACGUUUGUAAUAUGGACCUUGAAACUGAUGGCCUUUCACCCUCUGUUAUCCCUUCAAGUCCCAAAGAAGUUGUCAGUUUUGUUUCAAGAGGAGCUUCAAGCCACCAGCCCAGAAUUCCAGUGUUUCCUGAAAAUGGUUUGCAGCAGCAAGCAGAGCCCUUGCUUCCAAGUAAUAUGAAGUCGGCCUGUGAAAACCGUUCCGGGUGUUGUAGCUCUCCUCAGUCUAAGCCAAAUUGUCCACCCCUUUCUCCACCGAUGCCACUGCCCCAGCUGUUACCUUCAGUUACUGACACGAGGUUGGCAGGACCAUCUGAUCAUAUUGAUUCCUCAGUCACAGGCGUUCAAAGGUUCCGAGAUACUCUGAAAGUACCCUACAAGCUGGAAUUAAAAAAUGAGCCAGGGAGAACAGAUUUGAAGCACAUUGUUAUAGAUGGGAGCAAUGUCGCAAUUACCCAUGGUCUGAAAAAGUUCUUUUCUUGUCGUGGAAUUGCAAUUGCAGUUGAAUAUUUUUGGAAGCUUGGCAACAGAAAUAUCACUGUAUUUGUCCCACAGUGGAGAACAAGGCGUGAUCCUAAUGUCACAGAACAGCACUUCUUAACCCAGCUACAGGAGCUCGGAAUAUUAUCUUUAACUCCUGCCCGGAUGGUCUUUGGAGAAAGAAUUGCUUCUCAUGACGACAGGUUUCUACUACACUUAGCGGACAAAACUGGUGGCAUAAUUGUAACAAAUGAUAACUUCAGAGAAUUUGUGACUGAGUCACUGUCUUGGAGAGAAAUUAUUACAAAAAGAUUGCUUCAGUAUACCUUCGUUGGGGACAUAUUUAUGGUUCCUGAUGACCCUCUGGGAAGAAGUGGACCUCGAUUAGAAGACUUUCUUCGGAAGGAAGUCUUCCUUAGAAAUAUGCAGCCCCUCCUCAAUGCCUUGCCAAAUGUGGGCAUGUUUGACCCCACCUUCAGAGUCCCUGGCGCCCAGGCAGCCAGCACCAGUCACCAGCCUCCAGCCCGGAUUCAGGGCACCCCACCGAGCCACUGGCUUCCUCAGCAGCCCCGCUUCCCGGUUCUGCCAAACCUUCCCAGCAUGCAGCAGAGUGUGCCCAUGCCAGCACAGAGGUCUCCCGCGGAAACCAGCGAGCUGAGGGAGGCCCUCCUGAAGAUCUUCCCUGACUCCGAGCAGAGACUGAAAAUCGACCAGAUACUGGUGGCCCAUCCGUACAUGAAAGACCUGAACGCACUGUCGGCCAUGGUGUUGGACUGAAGGUCUCACUUGACCUAGUGUCUGCACGUGGCAGCGGGGAGCAACAUAAUGUGAAGAGACCGAUUUCCCAGUGGAAAUGCUGUUGUAGUGUAUAGAAAAGAAAACAGAUGUUUUGUGUAUAAAAAAAUCUGGGUUUUCAAAACCAGCUUUUUCUAUAUAUAAAUUAUGCUGCUAUUACAGAUUUAACAUUUUCUGUAAAAGGAAAGUACAUUUUCUGCCUGUUCAGAACUGUUUAAUAGCAGUUACUCUUGAGUGUAUUUACAUUUUUAUGUUUUUUAAACUAUUUUCCUUAAAGCUGAAAAUAUUGACAAAUGGAUAUGAUUAGCCUUUCUAAAUAAAAAAAGAGUCACUUUCUUAGGGAAAGCAAGACCUCUUAAAGUAUAUUUUCUUGAGAUGACUAUGUAACGUCCACUAACAUGAAGUGUGCUCAUCCCCCUACCCCCCAGCCUCCUCUGCCCUCACCCCUGGAAUUAGAGUCAUAGGAGUAGGUUUUACUCCUGUGGGUCUUUCUUUGGAGCCAUUUGUGAGAAUGGGCAGGUGGUGCCACUAGAUGGCACCUGUGCCUAGCCAUUGUUAACAACCAGGGCACAGUUAGACUCCCAGACUGUCUGGGUGAGAAGAUACUCUAGAACUCACAAAGUCCCACCCUACCUCCCCUCCCACCCUGCAGAAGAGGGAACUGAGGCUCAGUGUGCUUGCAUCGCACACGCCCAGGUCCACAGCUGCAGAGCAGCUGGGCAGGGACCAGACUCCUCGUCCAGUGCUCUGACAUGCUCACCAGGCUGAGGCCUCACUGUACCUGGCUGACUCUAGGAGUCAUGUCUUAGCCUCUGAAAAUAAUAGCAGGAUGUGAGGACGUUCCAUGAAGAGCCCCAUUGUUACCGUAAAUUUAUGUCCAUGAACCAUGGGAGAAACCCAUGUGAAGUUUGUGAGCUUUGCCAAAACGUGAUUUUCUAUGCUCAAGAAUGACCCAAGCCAAUAAAUAGCAUUAGUAGCUGCCGUGGGGGCCCAGAGCCCCUUAUUUAUUUUUCCUGUGUUUGUCUUUUUAGUAUUCUCCUCACCGCCCUUCCAGUGAGUCUAUCUCAGCAUUGGUAUCUUCAUAUUGUGUUUUUCGGUGUUGCUCAAAAUUCUGUGUUAGUGAAGUUCUUUUCCUGGGUAAUUAUACUUAACAUCUUUACUGUUCUCUGGACUUUCAAAGGGCUUUGUAUUUUCUACCUGUUCUCUUCCCAGGCUGCUCGCGGUCAGUUUCGUGUCUGCCCUGUGGCUUGUGUCCCUCCUAACCCCAGAAACAGCUGCCGAGGACUCGGGGCCGAUCUGUUCUUCAUGGUGAAGGGACUUUGUCACCCACGAGCAGAGCUAGUGGCUCCCGAGGAGGCUCCCCCAGGUGUGUGUGUCCCCUGCCUCCCUCAGGGGAUGAAUCCAGAGUCCUCCGGGUGGCCAGAUUUGUAUAUCAAUCACAUUUUCUCUCCAAUGCCUUUAAGAUGUCUCCUAACCAGGAGCUGGUUGUCCCCCGCCGCGUUGGGUCAGGUUGCCAGAGUCCCCUGCCCAGCAGUGCAUGAGGAGGUAGGCGACUCCAGGUGGGCAGGAAGUGACUCAGUCCCACAGCCCCUGUGCCUCAGCUUCAGAACUGGUGGUUUGUAAAAGCGUGGCAGACGUGUGAGGGCUAGAGCUGUCUCACAGUGACUCUGAUCUUCUGGGUUGAGGUUUGGUCGGACAGCGCUGCCAAUCCAGUAUUUCUCCUAUUUGCAGAGAAGGACCCAGUGGUAAACCUCCCUGGCCCAGGCUUAGCCACACAGAUCCUCCUGGAAGGGGACCGGGCCUCUAGGGAUGCCCCAUGGGGCUGGCUACAGCCAGGACUUCCAGGGUUUCCUAGGUUCUAGAAGUGACUAGACCCUUGACCUUUGGGUUAUCUAAGCCUCUAUAUUCUUAGUAUUGUUUCUGAAAGCUCUAUUUGCCCCUUUCCUCUUUCUGGGGUACGAGAAGGAGGGAUGCAGAAGGCUAAGUAGGUUAAUUACUCCCCUUGAUAAAUUAUAACACGUAAGUCACAGUUCUUUCUGAAGCCCAGCAGGUUUAGUUAACUUUAAUAUUUAGAAAUUCAAUUUUCAAACCUUUAAAAAAAAAAAAAGCCAUUACUUGUUCUCGGCCUUCUCUUAAUACUAGGCCCAGUGUUGAUGCUACUCAAAUGUUUCUUUGUGGUCUGCCCCCAGUGGUCGAUUUCUGAACCACCGUGGUGGUGUUCGGCAGCAGAGCUUCCUCGUUUGGCAACUCCUCAGGCAUGUGUGUGUCAUGGCUGUGCAUCCCAUACUUCCUGGCAUUCCUGGAAGUAGGUGGCAGGGCGGGGGACGCCACCUCACUCAGACGGCCGCCUGCCGCUCAGAGAGAAGCUGUCCAGGGCUAGAGAAUUUCAUAGAUGGUGAAUACAGGACAAUUCCCAGGCCUGCCUUCCUCCCCAGGCCCCAGCUACCUCCUCUGGUAGAAAAACGCCUCGUUUGACCUUUUUGUCCAGUAGCCUGUGUUUGCAGCCUGGAGGCUGCAGGGUUGGAGACCGUGGGAAGGCCCCUGAGCCAUCCCGGAUGACGGGUAGGCUCAGCUGUGGCUUGGCAGAGUCGCCCUGGACUCAGGCCUCUGAGAGGAGGAUUGGGGUCCCACUUCCUUAGGUUUGUUGUGGCACUAGUGGAAUAUGAUUGACGGAGAAAGCCAUGCUCCCCCAUCAUGGGAAGCGCCCCAGGCCCUGGGCCCCCUGAGCUUCCAGCCUGCCGCCCUGGGCACCUCCGAGAUGUGGCCUCCCCUGUGCAGCUCUCCACCAGCACUGCCGUGUCCUCCCUCGGCCUUCCUCCUGGGUCCCUCUCCUAGCCAUGCUCGGUUCCGUCAGCUGCUUGACUCCUGCCAUUUGUUUCUUCAUGAUCUACCUCCCCUUACUCCCCAUUACUACAGUCCAGAUCCUAUACUGAGAGUCCCCGAUUGCCCCAGGAAUCCUUUCCAUGCACUACUGCUCCCCCUCACCUUCCCACUCUUUACUUCCUGUUUUGCAAACUCCGUUUUCAUCCCACCGCAUGGAAAUAGGAAAAAUCUAGAAGUGACGUAAUUGCUGAAUUCAGAGGCCUUUUCUCAAUCUUCAGUCUUCGAGGCCUUUUCUCAAUCUUCAGUCUUCAUGUCCACACUCAGCGACCAGAAUAUUUGUCACUGUGGCCUUCUUUUCCCCAUUUUCUGAGAUUUUCCUCCCAAAUGUUCUUCAUUCCUUUCUCUUCUUUUACCAGAAGGCCACUCCUUGAUACCCUUUUCUUGACAGAUGGUUCUCAAAUUUUGGACCAGCCAUGGAACUUGUGGUGGGAAAGGCAGCUCUUACUAAAAAUUGCAGAUCACAGCUCUGGGGGCUGUGCCCUUGGAGUAAAGUGUGGAAACUGGGGAGAUUUCAGCAGGCUCCCUGGGUGUUUCCCAGCAGGCUGUCCAGGGACCAGGUUGUGAGAAACUGCACUCGCCCUUAGGGCUCACUAACUCCAGCUUUCCUCCACCCUGACUUCCCUGGGUUCACAUGUCCCCUCUGGGCAAUGACUUCUAGUCCCACCUGUAGGCCUGCCCCGAGGGAGCGAGUUUCCAGCUCAGCUGAAAGCCCCAUCACAUCCUCAGACACGGGCCCCAGGCCCUCGGCCGGCAUCUGCACCUUGCUCUCCUUCCCCACCCCAGUCUGCCACAGGGUCCCCUUGGUCCACCCGUCAUGCUCUCGUGGCCUCCUGACCAACCAGCCCACCUCUCCUCCCUCCCAGAUUUAUCUUCCAAAACACAUUGCUGGUCACACCCUCAUCCUGUUCAGUGAUCUUCAGUGCCUCUCGGCCAGAGCACGCAGCUCAGCCCUCCCUGAGCGUAGUAUCUGUGCUGUCCACCCUGUGGCCACAGGUGACUGCCCUUCCCCGGAUGCUCACUGCAGCCCACAUGCAUUUCCUCGGUUACCUGUGGGCUCCUGCCUCUGUGUGCGCCUCUCUUCUCUGCCAGAGAUGCCCUUUCUCCCAAAUGGCUUCCCCCUCAAAGGCCCAGCCUGUGUCCUCUUUGUGCCCUUGCCCGUGCUUCUGGCCAGAUGCAACACCAUGGCACUCUGUGACCUACAGCACUCGUGUCUUGCUUUUGGCACUCGCCGCCCUGGCCGGUGUCACUGCUGCUGAUUGUGUACUGUGUCACCUCCCUUUCUAGACUGUGAGCUCCUCGCGGGCAGGGACCGUCUGUGUUCACUCUUUGUAUUUCCCAUGGCACCUAGCACAGUGCCUUGCACUUAAUAGGUGCUCAAUAAACGUCUGCUCAACUGAA